CUGUGUCAUUCCUAGCAAACAAGGCUGAACACUUGAAAUGACUUUGCAAUGUUCUCCAAGGUCACUGUAGGCCCAAGGUUGCUUCAGAAAGGGCUCUAGAGCUACCUGGCAGAGGCUCACUCCAAGUAGCUCUGGAGCCAGUGAGAGCAGGACUGCUCCACCCAUGAGACUGCACUAUGGAUCCCUGUUACAACCAUACAAGUUCUCAAAAAAGGAUGGACUUCUCCCUGCAGCUCCUGAUCGGGUCCUGCCUCGCCAUCCUCAUCGUGAUCACUCUCUGUGGCAAUAUCAUCGUCUGCCUGGCCGUCACCCUUGACCGCAGGCUCCGCAGCUUGACAAAUUGUGUCAUCGUCUCCUUGGCCAUCACUGACCUGCUGCUAGGCCUCCUGGUGCUGCCGUUCUCUGCCUUCUAUGAACUCACCAAGGAGUGGCCCUUCGGUAGCACUUUGUGCAACAUCUACACCAGCCUGGACGUCAUGCUGUGCACGGCUUCCAUCCUCAACCUCUUCAUGAUCAGCCUGGACCGCUACUUUGCCGUCACCACCCCACUCCGCUACAACCAGGUGGUCACUCCCUCCCGUGUGGCUGUGGGUUUGGUUGUUAUUUGGACUGUUUCACUGAUGGUCUCCUUCCUACCCAUUCACCUGGGCUGGAACACCAAUGGGACAGCAGUCCAAAACACAGUCUCCAACUGCAAUAAGGAGUGCACGCUGGAGGUGAACCCUGUGUAUGGGCUAGUGGACGCCUUGCUCACCUUCUACAUCCCUUUGGUCAUCAUGUGCAUCACCUACUACCGGAUAUUCAAGAUAGCAAGGGAGCAAGCCAAGAGGAUAAACCACACGUGGUGCUGCAGCAGCAACGCCCCCAUGCCACCCAUGGUGAAAGAGCACAAAGCCACUGUGACGCUGGCGGUGGUGUUGGGAGCAUUCAUUGUGUGCUGGUUCCCCUAUUUCACAGUGUUCACGUACCGGGGGAUGUGGGGAGACAGCAGGGUGAAAGGCACACCCAUGUCCAUCGUCCUUUGGCUGGGCUAUGCCAACUCAGCCCUGAACCCCAUCCUCUAUGGGACAUUCAACAGGGAUUUCCGGGUGGCAUACCAGCACUUGCUGCACUGCUGGAGGACCGGGGCACCCAGGAACUCCCACCUGCCUCCUGUCCAGAAAGCCCAGUCCAGGGGCAGGAACUGCAGGCAAGGCCAGGGCAGGCAGGAGGGUAAACCCCUGAAACUAGAGAUGAGGAAAGGGAAGGGGAUCUUGCUGACCGAUGGAGCCCUCAAGAGUGCCGGAGCUUUCCCAUGAGUCUCUGCCAGCCUGCUGCCCUAGGACCCGCAUCUCCCAGCCUUCAACUCCUGGCUGCCCUCUUCUAAAUUCCUGUGAGGUUGAAAGGACAACGCUCGGUUUUCCUCAGGGAGAAACUCAACGGCAGAGGGUCCCUGCUCUGGCACACAGUAUUUGCUCCAUCCCCAGACACUGCUGGAGAGGCCUUUUCCUGCUCAAGUUUCUUCCCAGGAGGGUGAUGUGUCUGAAGAACCCUCGGAGGAGCUGCAGAAGAGCCUCUUCCCUGCACCAUUAGGGCCAUGACACCUCCAGCGUUGAGCCCCACACCAGCAGGCAGCAGUGCCUGAGGAGCUGGGCCAGGAGCCAGCGUGUGCCCCCAGUAGGGCCGGGAUGGGGGUGCCCUCCCAGGCCCAGGGCA